GGAGCAAAUCCACGGCAGACCAAGACGACGGAGCUCAUUUGAGUCAGAGGAGAGUGGCCACGAACCAUACGAUGAUAUUGAACCUGAUAUGUUGAUCGGCCGAGACACUCGCGAUGUUGGAAUAACUGUUGUUGGCGCUUUGCUUUGGCCAGCAAUAGGUAGUAUGAUUGGCAGUUGCCUUUAUCACAUGAAGGUAGUGCGUCGAAUAUUCCCUGAACCUUUUCAUCGAAAUGUACUUGGAGGCUGCCUCUUUGUUAUUGCUAAGGAUAUUGCAAAUCUGAUGUACCGAUAUGAAAAAGUGCGACAAAAGCAAUCGCGACGAAUCCAAGAAUAUCGAUAGAACGAGUUACAGUUAUUUUCUAUUGACAUUGUUUGAUAUUUUCAAGUUGGAUCCUCUGUAAGAUAAUUAAACUGUA